GCAUGCAUUAGGGUAAAAUGAUAGAUAAACUCCCCCAUCCAUUCCACUUCCACACCUUGGAUGAACCCCUUUCCCAUCAAUAAUCAUCCAAGGGAUAAAUAUAUAAGGAGAAAGAGAAGGAAGAAAACAGAAAAAGAAGACGUGUCCACUAAUCAUUUUCCUUUUUAUUAUUUUAAGAAUUCCUUAAUCACAUCGUGCAACCAUGUGUCCCUCGCUCUAUUUAUCAAUUAAUUCAUCUUACUCCUCAUCACCAUCUUCACACAAAUGGCUACCACAACAACAACAACAUUGUUCAUCGCUCUUCUCUUUCUCUUCUCCCUCUCCUUCACCACAACCGUUAGAUCCGAAUCCGACAAUGAUUGCGUCUACACAGUCUACGUUCGAACAGGUUCAAUCUUAAAAGGAGGAACCGAUUCAAAGAUCGGAGUCAAACUAUACGACAAAUACGGUUACUACAUCUACAUCAAGAAUCUCGUUGCAUGGGGCGGGUUAAUGGGUUCGGGUUAUAAUUACUUCGAACGUAGUAACCUUGAUAUCUUUAGCGGAAGAGGAGCUUGUCUAGACGGACCCGUUUGUGCCGUUAAUGUUACAUCUGACGGUGACGGUGCACAUCACGGUUGGUAUUGUAAUUACGUGGAAGUUACUAGUACUGGGCCCCACGUUUCGUGUUCUCAGGAGCAAUUUACUGUGGAACAGUGGCUUGCGACUGAUACUAGUCCUUAUCAGUUGUGGGCCGUCAGGAAUCUUUGUCAGUAUAAGUUGGAUCAGGCCCGGCCCAAGAUCGGCCCAUCUGUUAUUAACGACAGAAGAAGUGGAUCUGAUUUUUCUAUUUUGAAUGCCCGCGCGUGACAAUGAGAAGGGUUUCAUUUCAAUGUAGUGAGUGGUGUUUUCAGUUUUGUUUUUGUUUGUGUGUUUUGGAUCGAUAAAUUUGAAUUGGAUUCGGGUUUCAGGGCCAAUAACCCGCAAGUGUUUUGUAGUCUUUUUUCAAUAAUAAAAGAAUGGCGUUAUAUGUCUUACUUUUGAAUAA